CACCACUUCGUUUAUCAGAGACCAGCAAGUCGAGUGCAGGACCGUUGACUGGCGCUGGACGAAGUGGGAGCUCAGGUUUUGCUGUACAGCUAGCUAAUUUGAUCAAAAUGUGGCAAACAGUUGCGUUUGUUCACAGAAUAUUAAAGUGCCGUGAUGCGUCUGAAUGUCAGGCUGCCCAACAGUGAUACGCUGCUGGUCACUGUAGCGCGAAUGUUUGCAACUUUGUAGUUGAGCUGUGUUUGGGAAGUUUGGUUUGCCGUGUCGUUUGGUGUGCUCGUGUUUGAUAGCAAACUUUUCAGCUUGAAUAUUGAUCCAGACGACGUCAUGAUCCCUGAGUGUCCCCGUGCCGCGGAGGGCAGGAGCCGGACCCGGUACCAGCACGGCCCGGCAGCCGAACCGAACCAGAGCCGGAGCGCCAACGGCUUGUUGUCCGAAAUCAACACCACCAUCAAGAAUGAACCUUUCACCGACUACUACACCCUCAUCCCUGGCAAGGAGCUCGGAAGGGGGAAGUUUGCUGUGGUCAGAAAGUGUGUGGAGAAAUGCACAGGCCGGGAGUACGCCGCAAAGUUUAUGAGGAAGAGGCGGAAGGGCCAGGACUGCAGGACAGAGAUCAUCCAUGAGAUUGCAGUGCUGGAACUGGCCACGCUGAGCCCACGGGUGGUCAACCUCCACCAGGUGUAUGAAAUGGCCUCUGAGAUGGUGCUGGUCCUGGAGUUUGCGGCAGGAGGUGAGAUCUUCAACCAGUGUGUGUCAGAGCGGGAAGAGGAGGCCUUCAGCGAGGAGGAGGUGAAGAGGCUGAUGAGGCAGAUCCUGGAGGGAGUUGCCUUCCUCCAUAAGAGCAGCGUAGUACACCUAGACUUGAAGCCUCAGAACAUUCUGCUGACCAGCAGUGCACCUCUGGGUGACAUAAAGAUUGUGGACUUUGGUCUCUCCAGGAUGGUCAGCAGCCACCAGGAGCUGAGGGAGAUUAUGGGAACUCCCGAGUAUGUCGCUCCUGAGAUCCUGAAUUAUGAGCCCAUAAGCACAGCGACAGAUAUGUGGAGUAUUGGUGUUUUGGCCUAUGUGAUGCUGACAGGAAUCUCUCCAUUCCUGGGCGAGGACAAGCAGGAGACCUUCCUGAACAUUUCCCAGCUCAACAUCAGCUAUACCGAGGAGGAGCUGCAGCAGCUGGACCCAGCCGCCCUGGCCUUCAUCCAGACGUUGCUCCGCAAACAGCCACAGGAUCGGGCUACAGCAGAGCAGUGUCUCCAUCAUCCCUGGCUUCAGUCCACAGAGCUGCAGAAAACUCAGAUAGUCAAAGAGAUCCUCCCAGUGGAGGUCCAGGAGGCCUUCAGCACCACCAGUAGCACCACCAGUAGCCCUGAACCACCAGCCAGCCCAACCAGGGGUGAAGAAGAGGAGGAAGAGGAAGGCCCAGCGACAGAAGAGCUGAUAGUCAUGGCAGCAUACACCCUGGGCCAGUGUCGCCAGUCCUCCUCUUCCUCCGUGGAGAAGGAAGCCUUGGCCACUGAACAGAAGGCCAUCUCCAAGCGCUUCAAGUUCGAGGAACCCUUCAGUGCCCUCCAGGAGGUCCCUGGGGAGUUCAUUUACUGAUGUCCCUCCACCCCAUGAACCACUGGCCACCAAUCUUUCAUAGCCCUGUCUCGAGGGGAAAAGUCCCUUUUGUGUUGUCACCUUUCCAAAAUUUGGACUUCCAUACCAACUUUAACAUCUAAAAAUUUGAUACUAUGGCAAACAAAUAAAAACAUUAAUGUCACAGAACAACCACUGUGCUUGAUUUAAACCAAAAGUACCAUGGAAAGCAUCACAAAUACCACAAGAACAUCCUUAACUUGCACAACUUUCAUCUUUGCAAUGGGAGCAAGUAAGACAAUAAAUAUGUUAAGAACUUAAAUAAAAUAAACUGUGCAAUGUCUUGAAAAUGACUGAGAUGCUUUGCUAAGUUACUUGAGUUCUUUGCAUCGUAGCAAGUUCUGCGUAGGGUUUUAAUGUCAUUGGAUGUCUAUCAGUUUGCUCUGUGAGCCAAAUACUUCCAUAUUUGGCUCUUGGCACAAAUUUGUUUGCCAGUUUAGGUAGACUGGGAUCCAGUUCAAGACACCGUGGCUUGUUCGAUACUGUUUCCAGUUCUUUGACCCACCCUGAAAGCAAGACUGAUGCUUUAUCCAUUCAAAUCCUCCUUCCUCUUCUGCUAUUCUAAUCCACACAUGCACACCCUCUGGAAAUUAUGCUGAAAUGCAGUCUCAGCUUGUAGAUUACAUUUGGUUUAAGUAGCGAAGCUGUUUGCCAGCGGUAUUGAAGUAAUAUCGAAAUUUCGGUUUGUGUGUCAACAUUAUGGCCUGUCCUAAAUCAAUUCCACUGCACAGUUAAAGAGAAACUAAAGCCCAAACCAAAAUUUGUGUGUGACGCCUUAGCUGCAAUGGUAGAAGUAGGUGGCUGCUCUUUGGUGGCAGGUGAUGUCACAGCUGACAUCACCUGCUACUGCAGACUAGCCACUCUUCUUUUCACGAAGAGAGGUCAGGCUUCACAGGAAUUUAGGUUUGAGCUUCAGUUACUCUUUAAAUGCAGUCAACCUGAUCACUUGUAGUGAUCUCUGACCCCCCACCUCUCUAAAAUGCUGUAGAACAGUUUUUUUUUUGUUUUUUUUUUUAAACAGCUUAUGUGAAGCACACGUCUUUCCCUGGUCAGUUUGACACAGGGUGAUACAGAAGGGAUGCAGCAAAAACGUAAAUUACAAAACUUGUUCUCAGAAAUAGCUCCAGGAAAGCACUUAUCAUCACAGAUGGGUAUCUGAAAGUUCAAGAGGAUUUUAGGAUGGACUUUAAGCCCUUUUAACCCGUUAAAUCCCACACCUCAGUAUUUGUAGGAUAUGUAUCAGAGAUGCUAGCUAGUACCGUCUGCUAAACAGCAUCCGGUAGUCAUUUAUUAUUUAUAUCAAGAAAUGCCCUAUUAACUAAGCUAUAUUUAUUUAACAAAAACAUAGUUUCUUCCCAAGCUAUAAUACCAGCUAAAGCUGAUAGCUCAUUUUUGCUAAGUGGAAAUGCCUCUAUAUCAUCUAGCAUUGUGGCAUAUGUAAAAUAUACCAUCCAUCUAAUAUAUACUGAUGGCCAAAGGCGUUGAUUUGAAGUUGGGACUUGCUUGCAACUGUUAAGUAACAACAAACUUCUCUCGCUUUUAUCCAACUUUGUAAUUUCCAAACUCAUAAGCCAAACCAGUAUCUUUGUUUUAUCUCUGUCUGAUUUCUUUUUCUGUGCUGCUUUCUACUCAACGGAACCAGUUCCUCCAAACUCAGCCUUGUUGUGUGCUUGUUGUUCUUUUCUCUCGUGGUUUUUUAUCUUCAUUUCCUUCUGGUGCCAUGCUUGGACAAAAUAUUAGAUGAUUUUAGCCACUUCUCUUUUUUAUUUUAGAUGUUUUUGUGUAAUAUUUCAGAUAUCUUUGAUGACAGGGUUUUGGAGUAUUCUAAUUUUAUGUAAAUGAAUGAAAUUUCUGUUGUUUUUAAGAGUUUUAUUUGACAGUACUGUCUAAAAAGCCAUUGCACACAUUCAUCCCACAUCAAGGCCUUCCCAGGUUGAACGCCCUUCUAAAGCAAUAAAUGGCAGAUCAUUUUACACUUGUAUGUGUAGACAGCGAUCACUCUAAGCUUCCUGACUGUAAAUUUGGUCCAAGUUUGUCUCCAUGAAAUGAUAAGCUUCUUUAUUAUGGGAACAAAUUUGUACAUGAAUGUCCGGUAUUGUAAAUAAAUGUCUCUAAACUGA